AUGGGUCUCUGCACUUCAAAACCCACUCACUCCUCUCACAACGAAACUAACUCCGUCACAGUUAACGUCACUCCCAAACCUCAAACAAACUCCGUCAAUGGCGAAAACCCUAACGAAACUGAAAACGUUAAGAGAUCUCCGUUUUUCCCGUUCUACACUCCGAGUCCUGCUCAUCAGUUCUUCUCUAAGAUGUCUCCGGCCAGGAAAUUUUUCAAGCGGCCGCCGUCUCCGGCGAAGCAUAUAAAGUCGCUUCUUGCCCGGCGGCAUGGCUCGGUGAAGCCUAAUGAAGCUUCGAUACCGGAAGGGGGUGAGGAGGAGGCGGUGGUUUCGCUUGAUAAGAAUUUCGGAUUCUGCAAGCAUUUUGGAAGUAAGUAUGAUGUUGGAGAUGAGGUUGGGAGAGGACAUUUUGGUUAUACCUGUGCUGCUAAGUUGAAGAAAGGAGAUCUUAAAGGUCAACAAGUUGCUGUUAAAGUCAUUCCUAAAGCCAAGAUGACAUCUGCUAUUGCUAUUGAGGAUGUGAGAAGGGAAGUGAAAAUAUUGAAAGCUUUGAAUGGACAUAAAAAUCUAGUUCGAUUCCAUGAUGCUUAUGAAGAUCAUGAUAACGUGUAUAUAGUAAUGGAAUUGUGUGAAGGUGGAGAGUUGUUGGACAGAAUAUUAUCAAGAGGUGGCAAAUACACAGAGGAAGAUGCAAAAGCCAUCCUUAGACAAAUACUGAAUGCUGCUGCAUUUUGCCAUCUACAGGGUGUUGUGCAUCGUGAUCUUAAACCGGAGAACUUCUUGUUUGCAUCCAAGGACGAAAACUCAGAAUUAAAGGCCAUAGAUUUUGGGCUGUCGGAUUUUGUUAAACUAGAUGAAAGGCUGAAUGAUAUUGUGGGUAGUGCAUACUAUGUGGCUCCUGAAGUUCUUCAUAGAGCUUAUAGUACUGAGGCUGAUGUCUGGAGCAUUGGAGUGAUUGCAUAUAUUUUGUUAUGUGGCAGCCGUCCAUUUUGGGCUCGGACUGAGUCUGGUAUCUUUCGUACUGUGUUGAAAGCGGAUCCAAGUUUUGACGAACCUCCCUGGCCUUCUCUAUCAAAUGAGGCAAGAGAUUUUGUUAAGAGAUUACUUAAUAAAGAUCCACGGAAAAGAAUGAGUGCAGCACAGGCAUUAAGUCAUCCAUGGAUAAAACACUAUGAGGAUACGAAAGUACCUUUGGAUAUUUUAAUAUUCAAGCUCAUGAAGGCAUACAUGCGUUCUUCUUCUCUACGAAAAGCUGCUUUAAGGGCUCUGUCCAAGACAUUAACUGUGGAUGAGCUGAUUUAUUUGAAGGAGCAGUUUUCACUUUUAGAGCCUAACAAAAAUAACACCAUUAGCUUGGAAAACAUAAAAACGGCCUUUACGGUAAAUGCAACAGAUGCUAUGAAGGAGUCACGCAUUGCCGACUUUCUGGCAUCACUUAAUGCAUUGCAAUAUAGGAGGAUGGAUUUUGAUGAGUUCUGCGCAGCUACGCUUAGUGUUCAUCAACUUGAAGCACUUGACCACUGGGAGAAGCGUGCACGAUGUGCCUUUGACCUAUUUGAAAAGGAUGGAAACAAGGCCAUAGUCAUUGACGAAUUAGCUUCGGAACUCGGGCUUGGUCCAUCUAUACCGGUACAUGCUGUUCUUCAUGAUUGGAUUCGUCACACUGAUGGGAAAUUAAGCUUCAUUGGAUUUGUGAAAUUGUUGCACGGCCCAUCAAGAAGUCUUGCAAAGUCUCAAUAG